CUUUUUCCUUUUUUUUUUUCUCUGUUAAAAUCUGCCCUAGUUUUUGAAUCUUCAUAUCUUCGUCUCUCUCUCUCUCUUUCUCCGUGCUCAGAAUUUUCAGAUCUAAUUUUUAUCGUCGAAUCACAGAGAGGCACAAAUCUGUAUCAAAAGUCGAGGUGGGAUAAGUAAUCGAAUCAACCAAAACACCGUUCCAUCAAAUCAAAGCUCAAUUUGAAUUGGAUCGUCGUAGCAAAAUCCACCAUCGAUACAACCUACAAGGAGUUGGAUGAAUUAAACAAAAUGUCGUUCUCGUUUUUCAAGCAAUCACGGCCGAAAACUCCAGAGGAAUUGGUGAGUGCCAUCAAGGAUAGUCUCAUGGCGCUCGACUCUCAAACUGUAGCUGACGUCAAAGCUUUGGAGAAGGCUUUGGAAGAAGUUGAGAAAAAUAUAUCAUCAAUGAAAACUAUGUUGAUAGGAGAUGGUGAAGCGGAACCGAGCCCAGAACAAAUUUCUCAGCUGACACUCGGCAUCUGUAACGAGGAUGUCAUCCCUCUGUUUUUCCAAAAUCUACCAUUUUUGGGAUGGGAAACUAGAAAGAAUUUGGUCAUCUGUUGGCCUAUAUUGGUUAAGCAGGAAGUGGAUUCAGUGUUUUGUUGUGCACAAUACAUGGAGAAUCAUCUUGACUUGCUCGAUAUUCUAAUUGCAGGCUACGACGACAAAGAAAUUGCACUGCAUUGUGGGAAUAUGCUGAGGGAAUGCAUCAAAUUACCUACUUUUGCCAAAUAUAUUUUAGAGUCUCCUAGCUUCGAGCUCUUCUUCAAAUAUGUCGAGUUACCUAAUUUUGAUAUUUCUGCAGACGCAUUUUCUACAUUUAAGGAUUUGCUCACCAAACAUCCCGCGCCGGUUUCCGAGUUCUUGAAUAAUCAUUACAAUGAGUUUUUUGAACGAUAUCAAAAACUUUUGACAUCAGAUAACUAUGUGACUAGAAGGCAGUCUCUAAAGAUUCUAUCGGAUUUUCUUUUGGAAUCUCCAAAUGCCCGUGUAAUGAAGCGCUUUGUUUCAGAAAUUCAACACCUGAAAAUUAUGAUGAUGCUGUUGAAGGAUUCGAGCAAAAACAUUCAAAUAUCUGCAUUUCAUAUUUUUAAGAUAUUCGUGGCUAAUCCGAAUAAACCAGAAGAAAUAAAAAUUAUCGUGGCAAAAAAUAAUGAAAAGUUGAUAACCUUGUUGCAUGAUCUAUCCCCCGGAAAAGGCAAUGAAGACGACGAAUUUGAAGAAGAAAAAGAAAUGGUAAUCAAAGAAAUAGAAAAAGUAUCCAAGCUUACAAAUAGUGAACCUUAGUGUAGCAGACACAGUAUCCGAAAUGGAAGGAGUAAUUAGCAAUUGUAGACACAUUUCCAAAUAGAGCCGCCGGAGGAGCCGACUGCAUCACUACAAAAUUAUAAUUAUUCAAUUAGCGAUUCGUAUGAAAAAUAUAUUAUUAUUUCUUUAUUAUAUAGCACUCAAAAUAUAUUAUUUAAAUAAAUUAAUAAUAUCUGUAAAAUAAUUUUGCCCGAUCCAUGCUUGGGCCAAUUUGAAAAAAAAUU